AUGGAGGAGACAGUGGUGAGGCCCUCGGUGUUCAUGGUGGAUGGACAGACGGACAUCCCUUUCACAAGGCUGGGGCACAGACGCAGGAGACAGCCCUGCAGUGCAGCCCGGCUGGGCCUGGGCCUCCUGCUGCUGCUGUUGACGACCGGAGUGGCUGUCCAGGGCUGGUUCCUGCUGCAGCUACACUGGCGCCUGGAGGUGAUGGCCGCUCCCCUGCAGGACAGAGGUGCAGGAUCCUGGGAUCAGCUGGUGCAAGAUCGGAGGCCCCAGCGGGCCAACCCGACAGCACACCUCACAGGGGCCAACUCCAGCCUGACAGGGAGUGGGGGCCCGCUGCUGUGGGAGACGAAACUGGGCCUGGCCUUCCUGAGGGGCCUCACCUACCGGGACGGUGCCCUGGUCAUCGCCCAGGCCGGCUACUAUUACAUCUACUCCAAGGUGCAGCUGGGCGGUGUGGGCUGCCCCCAGAGGCUGACCGGCGGCCUGCCCAUCACCCACGGCCUCUACAAGCGCACGGCCCGCUACCCCGAGGAGCUGGAGCUGCUGGUCAGCCGGCGGUCACCCUGUGGGCGAGCAAGCAGCCCCCGGGUCUGGUGGGACAGCAGCUUCCUGGGCGGAGUGGUCCACCUGGAUGCCGGAGAGGAGGUGGUGGUGCGCGUGCCUGAUGAGAGCCUGGUCCGAGUCCGCGAUGGUACGCGGUCCUACUUCGGGGCGUUCAUGGUGUGA